GCAUGAUUAGGUCCAUGGCUCACGCUACGGCCUUGGAAAAGAAGUAGGUACCCAAACAUCCAUUUGCCUUGACCCUAGCUCAAUUGGAUUUGGUGCGAACAAUCACCAAGGCAAGCGCCUUCCAGCUGCAACGAUUCUUAAAGGCGGUCAGAUAUUGUUUCCUCCAGGCCCGAGCAUCUUUCGCAAUCUCUGUGUGGUCCCACUUUGUGUUGCUGCUCCUAAAAUGCACUUCACUUUGACAGCCAGCUUUGUAGUCGUGUUCCUGAGUGCGGCAUGGCCUGGCGCACGGAGUCAAGCAUCGGGCAGCAGCAUUGCAAAUGUGAUGGCACAGAAGGAGCAGAUUGCGGUGCAAGGGGCAAUCAGCGCAGCUGUCAAUGAGGAGAAUGCGUGUGCGGCAAUCGCGGCAUGCGGUUCAAAUGUCUCAGCCCUUGCUUGCACUCUCGCACCUGUUUCUUCCAUGACAACCGCCUGCUUCAACAUUGGGCAAGGGUCACAACCGGCCUGCAACAAUGCGACAUGCAGCAACCUUUUGUUUUCUUACGAACAAUCCAACAUUAGGUUACCUAAUGGGGUUGGUGUGAAGAAAGCCCCUGCCCCGAAUCCAGGCGCCGUGAACGCCCGCCUGCGUACCAAUUACCUGCAGAGAGACAUCUGUGUCCAGAAACCACUAGACAACAGAUACAAGACCGUCGUUCCUCAACCCUUGGCCAGUGACUUUCCGGACUUUGCCUUUUAUGGCAGCGCAUCAGGAGUGAUGCGCAUCUUCCCCGCUGUGGCUUACGAUCAGUUCGCACUUGCCGAUGGCAGUGGAGUGCAGUGCACUCCGAGCUACGACCCACGAAGACGGCCUUGGUUCGCUGGUGCGGCCUCCCAGACCAAGCUGCUCGUUCUUCUGCUGGACCUGGGGCCCUUUGUGAAUUCGCCGGUCGCCUUCGGCACGGCUGCCGGCGUCACGAAGCUGGCUGCGAUGCAGGCGACCGUCUCGGCGCUGUUCGAGUCUCUGAGAGCCUUUGACGUGGUCGCCGUGGUGACGGUUUCCAACUCGACGGGGCCCCAGGUGCUGACGACAGCAUACGGACAGUUUGCCCAGGUUACAACUUUCAACGUUCCCCGGGUAAACAGAGGGGACGAAGCCAUCAUGGCGCUGGAUGCGGCGGUUCAAAAUCUGACGGCGGCCACUUCCGGCACGACGGAUCUGUUGACCGGGCUCACCCAAGCGCUCACGGUCGCCGACUUUGAGCUCGACUUGGGGAAGACGAUUUGCGAGCGGGUGGUUCUUGUCUUAACGGACGGCCUGAGCUUGGGUAACACGACAGCAGCGGGUCUGACGGCAGCGGUGCAAGCGCAGCAGCUUCGAAGAAAGGAGACGACGGUCCUCUUCUUCUCUGUCGGCGCCAUUGGGAGGAGCGCUCAGUCCGACGCGCUGCUACAGCAGGUUUCGUGCGCCACGGGCAGCGUGUGGGGCAAGCUGGACGACUUUCAAAACGCCCUGCUAUCGAUGUACCCCUAUUUCAACCUUUUGGCUGCGCGGAGCUUCUACAACCCGGGUGUCAGCAACCUAACCUACUUCACACAGCGCUACACGAGCGCGUCGCGACGCGUGGACGUCAUCAGUCCAGCCAGACCAGUGUAUGACGGGUCGGGGAACUUGGUGGGCGUCGCCUCGGGGGACUUUUCGCUGCAGUCCACGCUGCUUCGAAACUUUACGCUGGAGGAGGUGGAUGCGGAGCUGAACAGCAGGAUCACGCUGGAGCGGUGCUCCAACGUAUCGCUCUCGGAAUGCCGCCUCGAAACGAUCCGCCAGUUUUCGGGGUACACCUGCGGCACCGGCUCCGGGUGCCCCGCUCUAGUUGUCUCUCCCUGCUCCAUCGCCACCCCCCCCUCGACCAACAGCAGCGUCGCCGUUCUACAGCCCCCCCAGAGCAGCCCGAUCUCGGACCUUCUAUGCUGCGGCACUUGCGCAUUGAAUGCCGCCCCGCCGCCCGCGCCCACAGCCGCUCCCGGCAACGGCACGGGGGGGGGCGGCUCACCUACUGGAGCAAUCGUUGGGGGAAGCGUCGGGGGUUUAGUAGUUAUCAUUAUAGUGAUCGUUGUAGUGUACUGUUGCUGCUGCCGGAAGGCGCAACCUGGCGGCAACUCACGUCAGCAAGUGCCGCUUCAAACGGAUGGGAACACUCAGAACGGAGCAGCGGCUGCCGAAGUCCUGGGAACGAGUUGGGGGCCGCGUCCGGUCAUUGAUGUUGACGAGGAGGAUAUGAUGAACCCAGGUCGACACCAGGGCGCUCGACCAACAUAAGACAAUUCCAGAUCUCUUCAAAAGGAUCCUGACUUCCUUCAGUUAUCAGGGACAACAUUGGGUUACAGGUCACGGUUACAAGUAUGGAAUCUGUUGGAGCGGUUCCAACACAGGCCGCCGGGCGGUGGUUGAUAACGUAUCCAACCAAGUUUAAGCUUGUUUCCUGCGGUAAGCGACCGUAGAUAUGUCGUGAGUAGUUCUAACCAGGGAUGUCUUCUUUAGCCGUAUGAGAUUGAGUGUACCGUCGUUGACGGUAAGGUUGAAGUAGCGAGUCAAAAAAGUAACAGUCAGCUUGCGUCGGAUAAGGAGACCGUCAAAUAAGGUUUGACCAGACGAUAACGCUCUACAUUGGAUCAGUGUUCUCAGGUCGUAAAUAAUGUCAGAAGUAAUGAUCGAUCCAGUUUAACGCACAAACGGUCGUGAGCAUAAGGACGUACACGAAUUAAGAAGAUGCCAGUAAUUCAGCAACAGCAUUGAUUGCCGCAUGUGAGGAAAACGGUGCGGGGAGCUAUAAGCAUGUGUCUCAGCUGGGGCCUAGGCUCGGAUGGGCGCGGGAGACAUAUGCAGGUGUUUUUCAAUGACAUGUAAAGAACUGUCAGGCCUUCGGAUAUCCAGUUUUAGGUGCAUAAGGCGAAUGAAACGGUUCACGGCUCAGCUUAAUGAACAUUUUAUAAAAGCAACGUGCAU